CCUUCCUCGCGUCGCCUCGCCUCGCCUCGCCUCGAAUCGAAUCGAUCCCCCCGAUCUGCUCGCCCCCAAGCGCCGCCGAUUCGCCCCGACGCCGCGGAUUCGAGCCUGGGGCUCGGUCUGGUCGGAUCAGGGUUCGGCCCAAUUCGUGGCCAUGGCCACGCCCGACGACGGUGCCGCCGCCGCCGCCGCUGGCGGGAAGAAGUUCUGGCGCUCCGCGUCGUGGUCCGCCUCCCGGGACCCGACGCCCGAUGCGGCGCCGCCUGCGGGGGGGACGGGCGCCGCGGCGGGGCAGGGACGGCGCGUCCCGCCGCCGCCGCCGCCGCUGACCCCGCGCGGCGGGAAGCAGCGGUCCUGCCUCCCGCCGCUGCAGCCGCUCAACAUCACCCGCCGCAGCCUGGACGAGUGGCCCAGGGCGGGGUCCGACGACGUGGGCGAGUGGCCCAACCCGACCACCCCCGGCGCGUCCAAGGCGGACGGCUCCGCCUCGGCCAAGCCCGGGGAGGGCCUCCGCUUGGACCUCUCCUCCCUCCGGUCGCAGGGUCGCAAAGACCAGAUCGCCUUCUUCGACAAGGAGUGCUCCAAGGUUGCUGACCAUGUCUACCUGGGUGGUGAUGCUGUUGCCAAGAACCGUGACAUCUUGCGGAAGAACGGGAUCACCCACGUGCUCAAUUGUGUCGGCUUUGUUUGCCCGGAGUACUUCAAGUCGGACCUCGUUUACCGGACGCUUUGGCUUCAGGACAGCCCAACGGAGGACAUCACCAGUAUCUUGUAUGAUGUGUUUGAUUACUUUGAGGAUGUGAGGGAACAGGGUGGGCGUGUCUUCGUACAUUGCUGUCAAGGGGUAUCGCGGUCUACAUCGCUGGUCAUAGCAUACUUGAUGUGGAGGGAAGGGCAGAGCUUUGAUGAUGCAUUCCAGCUUGUGAAAGCUGCCCGGGGAAUUGCAAAUCCAAACAUGGGGUUUGCUUGCCAGUUGCUUCAGUGCCAAAAGAGGGUUCAUGCAAUUCCUCUAUCUCCAAACUCAGUGCUGCGGAUGUACCGUAUGGCGCCUCACUCGCCCUAUGCACCGCUGCAUUUAGUGCCCAAAAUGCUGAAUGAACCGUCACCUGCUGCCCUGGACUCUAGGGGUGCCUUCAUUAUCCAUGUGCUCUCGUCAAUCUAUGUUUGGGUUGGAAUGAAAUGUGAUCAAGUAAUGGAGAAGGAUGCAAGAGCAGCAGCAUUCCAGGUGGUGAGGUAUGAGAAGGUGCAGGGGCAUAUCAAAGUUGUUAGAGAAGGACUGGAGCAACCUGAAUUCUGGGAUGCCUUUUCAAGUGCACCUGUUAAUUCAGACAGCAAUACAAAGAUUAGCAAGGACCAGAUUGACUCAGCAUCCAAGAGUACCCCAGGAAGCCGGAGGGUGGAAUCCUAUGAUGCUGAUUUUAAGCUUGUUUUCAAAGCAGUCACUGGGGGUGUUGUUCCUGCGUUCUCCUCUUCAGGGGCCGGUGAUGAGACCCAUCUUCCUGCAAGAGAAAGUAGCUGGAGUUCAUUAAGGCGCAAGUUCAUCUCUAGGUCGUUAGCUCGAGUGUAUUCAGAUUCUGCUUUAAUCAGGGACUUGGAUCCACGGGUAGACCGAGUACAAAAUCUGGCUGCAGAGGCGUCAACAUCACCACCUUUCCUAUCUCCAAGCUCUUUAUCAUCAGAUUCAAGCAUCAGUUCAAAGUAUAGUUUGGACUCACCCUCAUUGUCACCUUCAACUUGCUCGCCACCAUCACUUGGUCUUUCGCCUGGCUCAUCUAAUUUUCCCCACGCUUUGGUGCCAUCAUCUAGGUCCCCUCUUCACCAAUCAUCUAAUGAGGAACCUUCGAAAUCUGGCGUGGGGUCAAUACGUUCUCCUUCCAAGAUCUCUUCUAUAGCAGAAAGAAGAGGAGGAUUUUCAUCUCUGAAGUUACCAUCUUUCCAGAAGGAUCUAGUAUUACCACCAAGGGUACCAACUAGUCUUCGCAGAGAAGAGGAAGUCACAGAUAAGAGUAAUAAUAAUUGUGUAAAACAGCUUAGUGGUGUGUGUUGCCCAGAGAAAUGCACUGGCAAUUCUUCAACAGUUCACACUGGAUUGACUGAGCGUACUGACAGUAUCUUGGAGGCUUGUAGUAAAGUACAACUAUUAGUCUACCGUUGGCCCAGCAUGGAAAAGCUAACUACAUUCACUCUCAAGGAUCUUGACCCAAAAUCAGUUUUGAUUUUUGUUACUCCUGAUGACAGCAGAAGUGAAGCGGUUGAAAUGGUACACAUAUGGAUAGGAGGUGAAUAUGAGAGCAAAUGUGUUGACACUGUUGAUUGGCAGCAAGUUGCUGGUGAUUUUUUUCAGCAGAAGGAGUUCAGCAAUACUCUUCCUGUUAAGGUUUUCAAGGAGCAUGAAAGGGAGAAACUUUUGGAAGUUCUGAAUGCUCGUUAAUGGUAGGCAGGCUGUAGGUAUCAAUCAGCAUAUUGUAGUAGCUUAACAAAGUCAGCCGUGAAGUAUGAUUGAAUGAUGAAGGCAUCUCCCUCCAGAAUCGCUCCAUACGGUGGUGAUUCUCAGCGAGGUAUAAGCCGUUACAGCUAUUUCCCUUGAACAUAUAGACUACAGAUUCCAUUUAGUAGAACUGAUGAUGGAGAGGCAAUUGUGCCUACCUCAUAUGAUUUGCUUAAGGUCAGAAUUCAGAAAUGGGCAGGAGGCUGCCAGAACGUUGUAUCUGUGAGUCAAACACACAUGGAUCGGGUUUUGGCACAAUUGGGUUGGGUGUAUAUUAUCCGCUCCCCCUGUAAUGUAAAGCUCAAACUGGGAGACCACCGUGUCGUUUUCAACCCUAAAAGGUUUCAAGUACAUCUUGGAAAGGAACAGAUCAGAUGUGUAAUCCUCUUGGCUUCCAUUGGUCUUAACUUUAAAG